GCGCUCGCUCUGGGCUGCGAGCCCGACGCCUUCCGCGCUGCUUCCGUGGGGAGCAGGCGGGAACGCAGAUUUUCAAACCCUGGUUAUGUCCUCGCUGCGCACUGCCAGCCCCAGGCUGAGGAAUUACUUCAAGAAGAACUACAUCCCUCAGAUAUGCGAGGCUCUGUUAUGUGGUCUACUUAUUACAUGUCCUCAGGAUCCACUGAGAUAUUUAGAGAAAAUGAUCAUCAUUAUUAUGGAAAAUGGCCUUGAAAGUCUUCUUUGGGAUAUGUGCAUUGACCCAUCAAUAAAACCAAAAAUUCGGAGAUUAUCUGAAACUUACCUGGAACAACUUUUUGGAUUGGAUGAUCAGUUGAUGACUCCAGAAUUGAUGAUAAAAGCAUGUACUUUUUAUACUGGACGUUUAAUAAAGACCCACUUUUGCUCUUGGAGAGACAUAGCAAUACCACCUAUAAAUGAAGAUGCAGUUAUGGCUGAAAAAAUGGCAAAAGCAGAGGAAUAUAGCAAUUUCAAAUUUAAAAAAUAUGUAUUUUGUCUUUGGCGUGCUUAUGUGAAAGAUAGAAAAGAACGACUUCAAGCUGUACUAUUACGGAUACAAGAGAUCAUUCACUAUCAGAAGCAAAUAAUUAUACUAAUGAAAUGGAGAGAUAAAGCAAGACAAAAGUAUAAAAUGAGAGAAGAUGAGCUGUUGUUACAACAUGAAAUGCAAUUGAAAACAUGGAAAAACAAGUUAAAACCUGCUGGAGAUGAACCCACAUUUCCUGGACAAGGUGGAUCUAAAGCGUCUUUUAUAUUUGACAUUUCACUGUUACCCGAAAGAGCAAUAUUACAGAUUUUCUUCUAUCUGAGUUUAAGAGAUGUAGUAAUAUGUGGUCAGGUUAAUCACUCCUGGAUGUGGAUGACACAAAUAAGUUCAUUGUGGAAUAGUAUUGAUUUUUCCACAGUAAAAAAUAUGAUCACAGAUAAAUACAUAGUAUCUACUUUGCAAAAGCGGCGUCUAAAUGUUUUGCGCUUGAAUUUUCGUGGUUGUCUUCUCCGAUUAAAAACUUUGAGAUAUGUAGGCCUCUGUAAAAAUCUGCAAGAGCUGAAUGUCUCUGACUGCUCAACAGUCACAGAUGAAUCAAUGAGAUACAUCUCUGAGAGCUGUCCUGGAGUCCUGUAUCUCAAUCUAUCUAACACCACUAUCACCAACAGGACAAUGAGACUCCUGCCAAGGCACUUCUGCAACUUACAGAAUCUUAGUUUGGCUUAUUGCAAAAAGUUCACAGACAAAGGUUUACAGUACCUGAAUUUAGCGAAUGGAUGCCACAAGCUCAUCUAUCUGGACCUUUCUGGCUGCACCCAGAUUUCAGUCCAAGGCUUCAGGAACAUUGCAAACAGCUGCACUGGAAUUAUGCAUCUGACCAUCAAUGACAUGCCAACCCUAACGGACAACUGUGUAAAAGCUUUAGUUGAAAAGUGCCGUCGUAUUACAUCAGUAGUUUUCAUUGGUGCACCACAUAUCUCCGACAGCGCUUUCAAAGCUCUUUCUGCUUGUAGCCUCAGAAAGAUCCGAUUUGAAGGAAAUAAAAGGAUUACGGAUGCAUGUUUCAAAUAUAUAGACAAGAAUUAUCCAAAUAUCAGUCACAUUUAUAUGUCAGACUGCAAGAGGAUAACAGAUGUUAGCCUCAAGUCACUCUCACCUUUGAAGCAAUUAACUGUGUUGAAUUUGGCAAAUUGUGUAAGAAUUGGUGAUAUGGGACUAAGACAAUUUCUGGAUGGUCCUGUGAGUAUAAGGAUAAGAGAGCUAAACUUAAGUAACUGUGUCCACCUUGGUGAUGCCUCUAUUGUGAAACUAGCAGAACGCUGUCCUAAUUUAAACUACUUGAGUUUACGAAAUUGUGAACAUUUGACUAACCUAGGAAUUGAACAUCUUGUACAUAUCUUUUCCUUGAUAUCAGUAGAUCUCUCUGGAACAGAAAUUUCUAAUGAGGGCUUGAUGAUACUUUCCAGACAUAAAAAAUUGAAGGAACUUUCUCUAGCUGAGUGUUAUAAAAUCACUGACAACGGAAUUCGGGCAUUCUGCAAAGGCUCACUGAUCUUGGAACACUUGGAUGUCUCUUAUUGCUUCCAGCUGUCAGAUGAAAUUAUUAAAGCACUGGCUAUUUACUGUGUUAAUCUCACCUCUCUCAGCAUUGCUGGCUGUCCAAAGAUUACUGACUCAGCGAUGGAGAUGUUAACGGCAAAAUGCCACUACCUACACAUUUUGGAUAUUUCUGGUUGUAUCCUGUUUACUGACCAAAUACUUGAGAACCUUCAGAUGGGCUGCAAACAACUCCGUAUCCUUAAGAUGCAAUACUGCAGACUCAUUUCCAAGGAGGCAGCUAAUAGAAUGUCAUCUAAAGUUCAGCUACAAGAAUACAAUCCCAAUGACCCUCCACCUUGGUUUGGUUAUGAUUUUGAAGGUCAACUUCUCACACAGAAACAUAAAACACUACAUGAAGAUUCAACAUCGCCAGUGAUAAAGCCAGGAGAAAGAGAAAGUAGUAUGGUCUACAGCCUCUAGCGGGAAGAACAAAACCCUCUAGAAUUUGGCAACUUCAUUUGAUGCAAAUGUUUCUACUGGUUGAAUCUCAGUAACAAUGUAAACAAGCAACAAAUCAUCUCCUGAUUCUCUUUCCAACUACAAAUGUUUCUAAAUAUAUCAUUAG